CCCCGUCACCUCCUAACUGACAAAUACCCACCGUCUUCACCUAACCUCGACGUCUACCUCCUAACUGACAAAUACCCACCGUCUUCACCUAACCUCGACGUCUAAGGCUCUAUUCAGGAAAAUUCUAGAUUUGGGCCUUGUUGCCAGCAAUGGACUAGUGUCUCAAUUCCUUUUUUUUUUUGCCGAUCAAAAGGCAAAUCCUAAUCGUUUUUCCCUUCCAAAAAUCUGAUUGGUCAAGGACUUAGUGCUAGGCUACUAUACUCUUUGUUUUUUUUAUCUUUGUGUGGAAGAAUUAGAUCAGAUUGUGAGCAAUUCCUUGGUUGACAUGCUUAAGAAAGUGGAGAAGCAUUUUGCCUUGUAAUUGCUUCAGUUCAAAACCACCAAUUCGUGCACCCACUUUUUAGAUUUCCAGCACCUGUUUGGAAGUUUUGUGAGCUGUUCUUGGCUCUGUUUUGGAUCCCCUGCUUUCAGCUAUUUUGGAGGGUUUGGUUCAUGAUUCAUCCAUUUGGUGAGGUCCUUCCUCUAAAUUUUAAAUUUCCAGAACCUGUUUGGAGUAUUGUAAUUUGUUGGAUACACCGGUGUUUGUGAGAUCUUUCCCAUUUGUAAAGUACUCCUUUGGUGAUAGUAUAAUCGGACAGUACUUCAGUUACCUCGAUUAUAAAGAAAUUAACCACGCAAAAUCUCAUGUUCGUUUAGACCGUGGUCUGCAUAUUUCCUGAAUUUGUUGGCUGCACUACUUACAUCUUUGAUUGAUUUUGAACUUGUGGUAAAUUAGUGUGUAUUUUUUUCAAGAGGUUUCAUCUCUCCAAAUACUUGAACAUAAACCUCUGCUCACCAUCAAACAAGUGGAUUCAGGGAGAGCUUGACAUUAAACGAGUCCACAUGGUAGAGUUCGAUUGUGCCACGGGGCCAACUCUAGUGUUUGCAACUCUAGCAAAACCAAAUCCUAUAUUCACCCAUUCACUUAUUGCUAAAGGCGCACACCAGUAGCUUUGCACAAAUUGCCACCAAAAUGGACCACAUUCACAUCCUCCUUGUAACAUUUCCAGGCCAAGGCCUUAUCAACCCUUCACUCCAAUUUGCCAAGCGCCUUGUGAGGAUGGGCAUUAAGGUCACCUUCGUGACAUCCUUCAGUGCCCUCAAUCGCAUGACCAAAACCAUCCCCACUCCAGAAGGCCUAACCAUUGCAGGCUUCUCCGAUGGCUACAACGUUGAACCAGUUGGUCAUGAACGCGGACACUUCAUGGCCGAGUUGAGGAGACUUGGGUCGAAAGCAAUCACUGAGCUCAUCAUUGAGAGCGCAGACAAAGGCCAGCCUUUUUCCCGCGUCGUCUACACAACCCUUGUGCCAUGGGUGGGUGAAGUGACUCGUAAACUUCACUUCCCAUCGACAUUUCUUUGGGUUCAACCAGCCAUGAUUUUGGAUAUAUAUUACUUUUACUUCAAUGGUUAUGGCGAUGCUAUUAGAAACAAUUGCAAAGAUUUGUCAUGGUCCAUUGAGUUACCCGGAUUGCCACAACUUAGUAUCGUUGACCUUCCUUCCUUCGUAAUCCCUUCAGAUGCCGCCAAUAUUUCACUUCUGCUGCAAAAACAGCACAUAGAGAUACUUGCUGAAGAAAAAAAUCCUACAGUCCUCAUAAACUCCUUCGACGCAUUGGAGCCUGAAGCCCUUCGAGCUGUCGAGAAGUUCAACAUGGUCGCUAUUGGACCCUUAAUUCCAUCUGCUUUCUUGGACGAGAAGGAACCAUCUGACACUUCAUUUGGGGGUGAUAUUUUUGAAAACUCGAGUGGUUGUAUUGAAUGGUUGAACUCAAAGGAGGGUGGUUCUGUGGUGUAUGUAGCAUUUGGAAGCAUAUGCUUGUUAUCACAACAACAAAUGGAGGAGAUUGCCCAUGGGUUGCAGGAAAGCCAUAGACCGUUCUUAUGGGUGAUAAAAGCGACAACAAGUGGUGAGAAGGAAGAAGAUAAGCUUAGCUGCAAAGAGGAAUUGGAACAACUAGGGAUGAUAGUGCCAUGGUGCUCCCAAGUGGAGGUUCUUUCACACCCAUCGUUGGGAUGUUUCGUGAGUCACUGUGGUUGGAAUUCUUCAUUGGAGAGUUUGGUUUCUGGAGUCCCGGUGGUGGCUUUUCCACUGUGGAGUGAUCAAGGAACAAACGCGAAGCUUAUCAAAGACGUUUGGCAGACAGGGGUGAGGGUGACUGCGAACAAAGAGGGACUAGUUGAAGGUGAGGAGAUUAAGAGGUGCAUAGAGAUUGUUAUGGGAGGUGGAGAUAGAGCUCAAGAAAUGCGAAGGAAUGCUAGGAAAUGGAGAGAUUUGGCAAGGGUAGCUGCUAAGGAAGGUGGAUCCUCGGACACGAAUCUUAAGAAUUUUCUCAACGAGGUUUGAGAUCUAGAUGGUAUGCCAAUUGUGUAAUUCAUUUCAUGAAGUUCUGAACUCCUCCAGAUUUGCUCUUAUUUGGAUGUUCCUUAUUACAAAUAGGAAACCAGUGUAUGUCUACCCUUGUAAUAAAGUUUCAUGUGGCAUUUCUACUCGUAUCUUUUUUCAUCUC